AUGAGCAUAUAUUUGCUGAUGCCUUUUCUAUUUGCUGAGAAUAACUCAGGAUUUGCCCCUAUGCUGAAUAUGUUCAUUAUAGAAUUUUUCUUUGCAUUAAUCCUCUACAACUUUAUUGACAAUCCACGUUAUGGAGGCAGAGUAAGGAUUAUGGCCUUUUCAGCUGCUGCACUCACUAUAGCCAACGGUUCAUUAUAUAUUUUCAAGAAUAACUUUUUGUACGUAGGCUUGUUUAUAAUAAAAAUCUCAACUAGAGGACUGUUUUCAACCAUUGGCUUGUUGUGCUGUGAAACAUAUCCUCUUUAUUUAAGAUCUCAAGGCUCAGGCUUAGUUUAGGCUAUAGGGAAGAUCGGUGCAAUACCAUCUCCUUAUUUUUUGUUUCCUUUAUUUUUUAUAGAUCCAUAUUUACCUUUCGGACUCAUGUGUAUCUUAUCUACUGUUAUCUUAACUGUUACUUGCUUUUUCAACUAAGAUAAAACAUAAAAGCAUCUAGAGAUGUUAAAAGAGGAAUGA